GGUGACUGGAAGUCACUGGAAGCACUGGGACUGAGGUACUGCAGGCACUGGGAGAGGAGCACUGGGGGCUCUGGUAAUCUCUUCCAGGCGUCCGACUUCUACGUGGAGAUGAAGUGGGAGUUCACCAGUUGGGUGCCGCUGGUCUCCAAGGUGUGCCCCAGCGAUGUCUACCGCGUCUGGAAGCGGCAGCGCGGCCGCCGCAGCUACAUCUUCAAGGGAGAAGACGAAGGGGCGGUGGUGAUGGAGGUGGACCAUGACAAGCAGGUGGUCUACACGGAGACGCCCCCCAUCGUCUCCACGCACCUCGACACCCGGAACAUCGCCUUCGAGCGGAACAAGUCGGGGAUCUGGGGCUGGCGCUCGGAGAAGAUGGAGGUGGUCAGCGGUUACGAGGCCAAGGUGUACAGCGCCAGCAACGUGGAGUUGGUCACCAAGACGAGGACGGAACACCUCUCCGACCAGGACAAGUCCCGCAGCAAAGGCUCCAAGACCCCCUUCCACUCCUUCCUGGGCAUCGCCCAGCAGCACGGCACCCACAACGGGGUGAGACCCCGGGCUGCUGCCAGUCCCACCAACCCCACCGCCAUCACCCCCGAGGAGUACUUCGACCCCCACUUCGACCUGGAGACCCGCAACAUCGGGCGCCCCAUCGAGAUGUCCAGCAAGGUGCAGAGGUUCAAGGCGACGCUGUGGCUGUGCGAGCAGCACCCGCUGUCGCUGGCGGAGCAGGUGACACCCAUCAUCGACCUCAUGGCCAUCUCCAACGCUCACUUCGCCAAGCUGAGGGACUUCAUCACCCUCAAACUGCCUCCCGGCUUCCCGGUGAAGAUCGGUGAGGACGGGGCAGGGGUCACCCACAUCCUGAACGUGGCGCGGGAGAUCGACAACUUCUUCCCGGCGCUGUUCACCUACAUGAACGUGCGAGUGUACGAUGAGGAGACGGCGCAGCUCCUGCCCCACUGGAAUGACACCUUCCCCUUCCUCUCCCGCUGGGAGAAGUUCAAGGGCCUGAAGUUCCUCCAGUGGGACAAGAUCCGUCUGAACAAGGUGCGGAAGACAGAGGACAAACCAGCAGCGUUGCCCUCUCAGGGGGUCCGCGAUGCCCAGCAGGGUCUGGUGCCCACCCCACGCUGCCCGACUCCCUGCCACCCCGCAGCUCACCCGGGCAACGCGGAUAUGAUCCAGCCCACCCUCGACCAGCUGCAUCCCAACUUCGCUGCCGAUUUCAUGGACACCCCGGACCCGCUCAAUG